AUGUUUGUUCUACCACCUCCGCCCCGAUAUCCCAUCGGCGGCCCGUACGGCGCAACUGGUAUCACGGGCAUCGUGCCCAUGAUUGAGACGAACAAUAUCAUUUCGAACCCUACCGGACCCGAGUGGCAGUUUCUAGUGGGAGAAGGCACCUACGUCCUCAAGGAAGACUUGCACCUCGCAACACCUCCUCCACAUCCAUCCGAAGCUCCCAUCGUCAAUCCGAAUCCGCUAGCCACCAACCCGCAACCUGCAUCCGUGGGUACGAAAAUGACACUCGUCCGUAUUCAGUCCCGGCCGCCGCCAUUCUUCUACAGAGGACCAUCUGCCACGACACUGUCACUGGGCGGAGCUAGUUCGCAGGACCAGUCUGGGGAUGCUAGGUAUUCUACCGAGGGCGGAAUGAGCAGUGAAGAUGGUCGGGGAACAUCUACGAGCGAUGCGCCAAACUCGGCGACUCUUGGAUUCACCCCGGCAUUCGGCGAGGGAAACUCGUUGCUUGUGCCGUCACAAACCAAAGACGUAAAUAAGCGAAAGAAGCCAAAGAACAAUGUGACCAAGAGUAAUUCGUCCUUUAUUUCGCGAGUUAUUGUCAAUGAGAGCCUGUCAAGAAGAAUGACAGAUAGACCCGGCGACGGCAUCUUUGCCUUUGCCAACAUCAACCGCGCUUUCCAAUGGCUAGAUUUGUCGUCUCCAAACAAGCAAGACUAUUUCACCAAGAUUCUGUUCACCAAGGCGCACUGUCUGAGCCAUGACGUAAAUAUGGUGACCAAGGGAGCGUCGCACAUUGACGUGAUUAUGGGCUUCUCAACCGGGGAAAUUAUUUGGUGGGAACCCAUUUCACAGAGAUAUACGCGCAUGAACAAGAAUGGCGUCAUCAACAACACCCCCGUGACACACAUCAAGUGGAUUCCAGGCUCGGAGAACUUGUUUUUGGCGGCACACAUGGAUGGCUCUCUGGUUGUCUACGACAAGGAAAAGGACGACUCACAGUUUACCCCCGAGGACGACGAGACUAGUGUGCAUGGUAGCGAGUCUGGUCAUGGCCAGAAUGGAGUGAAACCUGGGACCAAGAUGCAUAUUGCUAAAUCCGUGCAUUCGCAGAACCAAAAGACAAACCCCAUUGCGGCUUGGAAGUUGUCAAAUCAGCGCAUCAACUCUUUUGCCUUUUCACCUGACAACCGGCAUUUGGCGGUGGUAUCCGAGGAUGGAACUUUGAGAUUGAUAGACUACCUGAAAGAGGAACUACUGAGCUUGUUCUUCUCCUACUACGGAGGUCUGACAUGUGUCUGCUGGACACCGGACGGCAAGUACGUCCUAACCGGCGGCCAGGACGACUUGAUAUCGAUUUGGUCGGCUGCAGACUCUGCGUUGGUGGCGAGGUGUCAGGGUCAUCAGUCUUGGGUAUCAUCGCUGGCUUUUGACCUAUGGAAAUGCGACGAACGUAACUACCGCUUUGGGAGCGUUGGUGACGACGGCCGCUUAUGUCUUUGGGACUUCAAUGUCGGCAUGCUCCAUCGGCCAAAGACUUCCGCAAGACAACGUGGCUCCGUUUCCGGACCUGCUGGCAUUUCGCCACGGAGUGAGGCAGCUAGUCCUCUGGGCACUCUACUGAGAUCCAACUCUUUGUAUGAGGCAGACGAGUAUGGGGAUGGAGUUUCGCAUCCUGUUGAGCCAAGAUCUCGAAUCCCCAUCUUGCCGCCAGUUUUGACGACGGUAAUCGACACUCACCCCGCGUGCUGGUUGGAUUUUACCGAGGAGGCAAUUAUCACAAGCUGCAAAAAUGGACACGUCAGAACAUGGACCAGACCUGGGGCGUCAGUGUAA